AUGCCGACACCAACUGCAAAGGUCUCGGUAACUAUACAAGAUACUGCACUGCAACAGGAUCAGAUACCAAUAAAUCAUGAUAAUCCAUUCUUGUCCCCUAUAGUAUCCAAUGCAGCUCCGUCGCAGCAUGCUUCAAGUGAUGCAAGUGUUGCCAUUUGUAACCAGGAUAAAGUAGAGGCUCAAAUGAUGGAGGAAGGAAAAAAAGAUCAAGACAAUAAUGUCGAUGAGAAUCAUGAUAGUCCUGCGGAUAUGCCGGGCGGUGCAGAUGAUCCUCACGACGGUAUUGUCAAUGAAACAAACAUAAAUCCAACCACGCUUGAUAGUAAUCAAUGCGGCAGUGGAUUGGUAACAAGUACUCCUAGAUCUCAGCUUGGUGUGUCUACGUCAAUUCUGGAUCAUCCUUUUGUUGGAGACGCAUACCAGUUGUAUAAGGGAAAUCAGGCUACAAUGAAAAGGUAUCUAAAUAGUAGUGCCUCCGAUGAGCCUAAUAUGCCCUCGAGUGAAUCUUCAUAUCAUCGUUGGAUAUGCAACUCAGCAGUUGUAACUCGUAAGUCAUUUAUAGAGCGUUUCAAAGAUAUUUGGAGUGUCUUUCUCAGAACAGUUGAUUUUGAGUGCCAAGGAUGGUGGUUAGAUUUUAAGACAAGUCUAACAUUGCUAUUACACGAUGAAACUCAUGAGAUGGUAAAAGAGUCCCGAGGCGAAUUAUUCAGUUUACAAAAGAGUUACCGCCGCUUAGCACCAUCCCAUCACCGGAUGAUUUUGUCUUGA